CGUGCAUUUUCGCGCUUAUGAGGUUAUGAGCCACUAUAAUACUAUUGGCAUUUUGCUAUUUUGUCUUUCUCCAGAAGUCUUUUUCGCAGUACGGGGCCGCGGGAACAUGAAUUUUGUCGAAGCUGUCGUGGAUAAGCUACGUGAUGCUCUCGAACUGAUGAAGAAACUUGAAUCAAGCUGGGAGCACCUCCAAUAUAACUCCGACACUCUCAAGGAUGACAUAGAAGAUGCUUGCAGCGACCAGAUAGCUGUUGUUGGUCAACGGAAGAACAGAUUGUGCUUCGAGGUGAUUUGCUGGUUUCUGAACCGAAGAGGCGAAUUCAGUCAGAUUUGGCCAAGUUGA